AGUUUUAUAUAAAAUAUUUUCAUUCAAUGAUUAUUAGGGUUUAUAGACAUUGUUAAUAGACGUUAUAGUUAUUUAUUAUUGCAUGACUUUCUAUAAUAAUGUAUUUUAAUUGAGUGUUUGAUUUAUUUAAUAUAAUUGUCUAACAUAUGUACUGAAUGUCCCAUUUAGGCGGACGCGGAGGUUUUGGAGGUCCGGGUGAUCAUUAUGGACAACAAGACAUGAAUCAGGACACAGUCUUUAUCUCAGGACUUCCCGAUGACAUUAGUGAAGACCAAUUGGCUUCUCAUUACGGCUCUAUUGGAAUGAUUAAGAUUGACAAAAAGACGGGUAAACCCAAGAUUUGGAUCUAUAGAGACAAAGCUUCGGGUAAAGGCAAGGGUGAGGCCACUCUCACUUAUGAAGACCCAGAGGCCGCCAAAUCGGCUAUUAAUUGGUUCAACGCCAAAGAGUUUCCAACUGGUAGUGGAAAGUAUGUGAAAGUGGAGUUCGCGCAGCGAAAGUCUAGUGGCGGUGACCGUGGCUUUGGAGGCGGCGGUGGAUUUCGCGGAGGCCGAGGCGGUGAUCGCGGCGGCGGUGGAAGCCGUGGUGGCGGACCCGGUGGUCCCCGCGGCGGCUCAUCCGAUAAUGGCGGU